CAGCGGAGCUGUGAGAGAGCCCAACGUGCUCGGGAAAAGGGAGGCGAUGUUGAUGCUGGACUGCAGUUCAGAGUCUGGUAGUUUCAGCAAUCUGCUCGAGGCAGGAAACGGUGUGAACGCACCUGCAGAUGCCUUUGGUCAGUCUCCAGCUCACUUGGCUGCUUGUGGUGGUGAAGCUUUUUUUCCUACUUUGGCAACUACAGACAGGCGCAAAUUUGAACCAACAGGAUUGCCUUGGAGAAGCCCCAAUUCACAAAGCAGCAAAAGUUGGGAGUUUGGAAUGCCUUGCUCUCCCUUGUUGCUGGUGAUGCUAAAAUUGACUUGUGCAACAACAGUGGACAAACAGGCAGCAGACCUUGCACUGGCUUACGGCUUUCUAGAAUGUGCCAAGUUCCUCACCACAGUUCAGCACACUCAGACAAUGAAACUGAGAGGACAGUCUGCCUGCUCACUAAGUGACAAAUGUGCUUGUUGAGAGAGGGAUCCAGCUGGACAGAAAACAAGAAUUUGGAACUAACAGAUCCAUAAACAGGAAGAGAAGA